UCUCGUUUCGCAAAGCUCAUACACGAUGGCACAGCAGAAAGCCCUUCUCCUCACAUCCAAGCAGGGCCCGUUUGCCGUUGGGACAGUACCCAUACCGAAGCCUGGCCGAGGAGAAAUCCUGGUCAGCAUUCAGGCCACUGCACUUAAUCCAGUCGAUUGGAAAAUCCAAGCAUACGGAUUUGGUAUCGAGAAAUUCCCAGCUGUGCUCGGUGCCGACAUUGCGGGUACAGUGGAGGAGCUGGGAGAAGGUGUGAUUGACUUCGUCAAAGGUGACAGAGUUCUGUCUCAGGGAACGUUUGGGGACAGCGAGCGCUCCUCAUUCCAGCAGUUCGCUCUGGUCAACGCUGACGUUACCGCUAAGGUGCCGAGCAAUGUGUCGCUUGAGGAGGCAUCCACCAUCCCUCUCGGCUUAGCAACCGCCGCCAUCGGCUUGUUCCAGCACACCGCUCAAAGUGGAAGCGUUGGCUUGUAUCCUCCCUGGGAAGAGGGCGGUGAAGGAAAGUACAGCGACAAGCCCAUCGUCGUUCUGGGUGGCUCGAGUUCUGUUGGCCAGUAUGCCAUCCAGCUAGCCAAGUAUGCCGGCUUCUCUCCCAUCAUCACGACCGCCUCUCUGCAGAACGCAGAGUGGCUGAGAGACAUCGGCGCGACUCACGUUGUCGACCGUCACCUCGACUCUCAGGCGGCAUUCGCAGAGGUGUCGCGCAUUACUUCUGCGCCGAUCGAGGUCGUUUACGAUGCGAUCGCGGAGCCCGACACGCAGAACCUAGGAUACGAUCUUCUGGCACCGGGGGGCGUCCUCCUCAUCACGCUCGACGAAGCGGUUGACAAGGAGAAGCUGAGCCCGAGCAAGCGGAUCGAGCACGUCUAUGGAAAUGUAAACAUACCUCAGAACCGGCCAUUUGGUGCGAGUUUGUACUCGAAGCUGACGGUACUCCUGGAAAAGCGCGUUAUCAGGCCGAACCGUGUCAAAGUCCUGCCAAACGGUCUAGAGGGCAUAAUCGGUGGACUGGAGGAACUGAAGGAGGGGGUUAGCAACGUGAAGUUAGUCGCACAUCCCCAGGAAUCGUAAAAUCAGAAAGAGCUUGCAUUCGGAGAAGAUCAUGCGUAUAUUUUGUUUCCGACUAUUAGUUGUACUUGUAGCGCGAGC